AUGGACGCAGUCCCCACAACGAUCACGGUAGGCAGCGACUAUCCAACGAUCACCUAUGGACCAGCAGGUUUCCAAGGCCUGAUCAAGCAACCAUAUGUCUUCGCACUCGCCUGUUUCGCCUCACUCGGCGGCCUACUAUUUGGCUAUGACCAGGGUGUGAUAUCCGGAGUCCUCGUCAUGAACAACUUCGCUGGAUGGUCUCGGAGCCAUGUUCGGCGCUUUCAUCAACGGACCCAUUUCGGUAAAACCUUUUCACGCAAACGUUCGAUCUUGUACGCGAAUUUUGUGUUUUUGAUCGGAAGUUUGCUCCAAGCGGCCGCGCAGAAUGUGUCGAUGAUUUUUCAUCGGAAGGUUUUUUUUUUCGCUGGGGUGAGUAUUGGGAUGUUGGCGAUGGUUACACCGUUGCAUUUGAGUGAGUUGAGUCCGCCCGAGAUUAGGGGGGCGUUGGUCACGUUGCAGUAUGAAGUCGCUUGGAGAUUACCUUUGGCAUUACAAUGUCUGCCUUCGGUCGUGUUAGCGAUUGGGACUUUCUUCCUGCCAUUCUCUCCGAGGUGGUUGGUGAACCAGGGGCGCGAGAAGGAGGCUUUUGAGACUUUGGUCAAGCUACGACGUGUACCGGAAGAUGAUCCGAGAUUGGGGAGGGAGAUUUUUGAAAUUCGCGUCGCGUAUGUUUUUGAACAGGAAUCUUUGAAGGCCAAGUAUGGUGAUGGGGCGAGUAAGUUUGAGAUCGCCCUACAGCAGUAUAUGGAGCUUUUUACGAUUGGACAUUUGAGGAAGAGGACGAUUAUUGCUCGUGGGUUGCAGGUUGUUGAGCAGUUUACUGGGAUCAAUGCCAUCAUCUACUACGCUCCAACAAUCUUCAAAGCCCUCUCCCUCUCUUCAACAUCAAUCACACUCUCCGCGACCGGGGUCGUGGGCAUCAUCAAUGUGCUCUUCACAAUUCCCUCCCUGUACUUCAUCGACCGCGUCGGCCGUCGCAAGCUACUCAUCAUCGGCGCAAUCGGCAUGUCCAUCGCCCAACUAAUCGUCGGCUCCCUCUUCGCCGCCUUCAAAGAUUCCUGGUCAACCCAUCGAGCCGCCGGCUGGGUCGCCUGCACCUUCGUCUGGAUCUACAUCGCAUUUUUCGCUUUCCAAGUCGGAGUCAUCUGGAUCAUGCCGAGCGAAAUGAUGUUGAGGAAGAUCAGGUUUGGGACGUUUUAUUUUUUCUUGGUGUUUUGUGUGAUUUUGUUGGGGUGGAGUUGGUGGGGGAUUCCGGAGACGAAGGUAGGCGUACCGAUUGAAGAAAUGGAUAAGAUUUUUGGUGAGAAUGAGGGUGAGGAGGAUGUGAGGAGGAUGGAACUGAUUAGAACGAGGCUGGAAAGACAGGAUGGUGUGGUGGAGCAAGUUGUGAUUGCUGAAGUGAAGGGCAAAGAGUAGAUGCCUUUCUGAACGCCAUACGAAGUGCUACUUUCGUGGCGUAGUGGCCUUUCUCGAGAUAGUUGCAGUCGGGCGAGACAUCGCUAUAGUCGAUCUUUUCAUUAUUGAAUCGCAGCGUGUGCAAUGGCCAAUGAAAAUGCACUCACACGAAGAGAGUAAUGUAUACCACACUGAG